ACAUCAAAAAAGACCUUCAGUAAAGCACUGGUGGUCUGGCUGAGCACAGCCAUUUAGAGAAAAAACAUGCUCUUCUCAUGGUUUGCCCUGCUUCUGGCUGCCUGGGUGCCUGUAGUUCUUUCGGACUUAAGAGCAAGAGACCCUGAAAUUGAGAAAGAAGAGCCAGAGGUGUCCCAUGGUUACAACAGCUGGAGCCCGAUGCAGAUGGAGGCCUACAUCCCAAACCAUGGGGAUUCCAAAGAGGAGAUGGCACUUCCUACUGGAACAACUGGAAAUUCAGCUCAUGCAGCACAGACAGGGAACUGGUGUGCCUUUGUCCAUUCACGGGUCCUGACCAUGGUGGUGUCCUGUGGUACAGAGAAGUUUAUCAUCAAAUCGCAAAACCCCUGUCCAGAAGGGAAGGCCGACUGUCAGAUGGUCAUGUACAAACUGUCCAUCAGGCCCGUCUACAGAGAGAAACAAAAAGUCUUGACGUCACUGAAAUGGAAAUGCUGUCCUGGUCACACUGGGGAAAACUGUGAGGAGACAGAGCCUGUCUCCAUAUCCGGGAAUGUCCAAUCGAAACAGGAGUCCAGAGAGGGUGAGGCCCUAAGCUCAGACCUAGAAACACAUGAUUCAAAACGCUUACCCCCUGACAUCAGAAGCACCGAACCAGUUGAUAAUACUGCCCACUUCCCAGCUCCCUCACAGCAAGACAGCAGUAUGCAUAAAAUGAAAACGGCAGCCUCUCCAAAGGAUGUUUUGCAGAACGAUGUCCAGCACACGUCAGUCUUACAGGAUCUGCUGAGUAGAGGUUCUUCUGUGGAAGAAUUGGACCUCAACACCACUGAUGCCCUAUGGCCAUUGCAGCACCACAGUUUACUACCUCAACUAGAGACCAUCAUAAAACAGCAGCUGUGGCCUAUUUGGGACUACUUCAACAAGAGCAUCCAAGACCUCUCACAAGAGGUUGGGGGCUUGGCAGAGAGCAUAGAGGAACUUCGGAGGGGCAGGGAGCACAAUAAUGAGCCUCUGUCAUCAUCCACUUCUGAACAACUGGAGGUGAAACUGCAACACCAUUCAAGAGAGCUGGAAAAACUGAACAUAGCCCUGCAGGCUCAGGCCAGCAAAACAGAUGAGCAACUCCACUUCUUGCAGGCCACAGUGCAUCACAACCUUAGCAGUGUGAAGAUACACAAUGACAUCUGGUCCAAGCACACACCUGAGAAGAUCCAGGCCAACUUGCAUUUACUUACUGAGAGCGUGGAGGAAAUAAAAGAGAAGCAGGAACAACUGGAGGAUACUCUAAUGCAAGGAAAAAACGGCAGCCUGAAAACAGAUGAGGACAUAUUAAAGAUCCAGGAAGUAAUAGAUCAGCUACAGACGAAGGUGAUGGAUGUCAACAAUGAUAUCAACACUUUGUAUGAUGACUCAGAUAAGUUCGAUGCCGACAUUAAUGAGCUCCAAAAAGGCAUGCGAAAUAUGCUGAACAAUAUGUCAGAAACAGUCAAAGCAUUUCGUGUGAUGCACAUGGAAAGUGGCCUAACUGUGGAAACUGAUUUUCAGCAUAUUAUUGAAAGAGUCAACAGUCUGGCAACCAACAUUAGUGCUCUUGAGCUUGAGGUAGAAACACUAAAUUUAAAGAUUGCUGAGCCCUCAGGAGAGGAUUAUGAGCCAACUCCAUACCCAACACCUGAGGAUCAGAUAUGUGACUGUCGGGACUUCAGUUUUCAGCUCAGUCUCCUUAAAGAAGAGAUUAGGAAUAUUAGCAGUGUGAAUAAAAAAAACACACAAAUGUCAGAUGGGACAAAUGAUGUAGACUCUUUCUGGAAAACGAGAAUGAGCAGCUCGGUAGAGGACCUGAAACAGGGUCUCAUGCAGAUUCAAAGACAUGUCAACUUCCAGCAGGACAGUAUCAGGAUGCUGCUCAGAAAUGUCUCUCACCUGCAGUUGGCAGAUCACACUGUGCACCAACAGCUACAUGAAUUGCAGGAGAAGGACAAGGUGAGGGUGGCAGAAAUAAACGCUCUGUCCAACACCUUCAAAACUCUUUUACAUGAUGUUGUGAGACACUCAAAAGUACUACAAGCCCUCUUGGGUGCUGAAGUCCUAGAGUUCACCACAGAGAUGUCUAGCCAGCUGGGAGAUUUAUCUGUUCCAGCUAUCCACAGAACACUGCAGGAUUCCAUUGCAAAACUUAAUGAGCAGAAAGAGCACUUAUCCAGUGUGCAGGAGAAGAUACAGCAAAUGUUCCUGCAGUUAUCUGAAAGACAAACUCCAUCUUAUGCCACCAGCCCACUGCCAACCACUCACUCAAGAGGCGUGGAGAAAACAAGUGACAAUCUACACCUUGAACUAAAUGCUGAACCUCCCAUGGGGGACCGUCCAGAUGAAUCAUACCAUGAUAUUUUUGCCAUGAUUAAGGCACUUGAAGUUCAGGUCUCUCAACUUCAUUCAGAGCGAUGUGCAAACUACUUUAACUGUGAGACAGACUUGACCACUGCACUGCAGAAAUCUAUUGAUGGCAAGCUGGCUGAAGCCACUACACUCCAGCAAACUCUGGAGAAGUACCUGAUUGUGCAUUUAAAACAACUUAUUAAUCACAGUGAACUCAUAUCAAAUAUCUCACUGGAAGCCAGUCAGCAGAAGGUGACCAGAAAAGAAGAAAGGAACAGGCAGAAGGAAAUUCGAGGAGGAAAAGGGGGACAGAAUAAAAAAAUAAAUAAAAUGCAGUCAGGACAAAGGCAAGAGGAUUCGCUGUUCCAGUCAUUGAAUUCGCCUCACUCACCAGUUAUGUUUCUUGCCACUGCCUUUGAAAAUCCAGCUUCUGGUGAUAGUGCAGUGUUUGGUAAGGUGAUCCAUAAUCAUGGCCAGGCAUACUCUCCUGAGAGUGGAAUCUUCGAGGCACCGGUGACAGGAAUUUACCUUUUUGUCCUAACUGCAGACUUUGGUUCAGGGCAUGGGCUAGGACAACUGAUGAAGGGGAAUGCAAGAAUUGCUGCUGUUCAACCUCCUCAGAAGAAAGCAGGGGGUCCAGUGACACGGACUGCUCUUCUAGAACUUAAGCAGGGAGAACAGAUUCAUUUUGAAAUACAGAAAGAUAGCUUGAUAAGAAGUACUCAAGGUGACAACAGCUUUGGAGGAGUUUUACUAUUUCGGACUGUCUGAUGCCAUAUAUCCUAGAGUGCUCUGCAGCAUCCAAAAAAAUGACAAUACCAUAUCUAAAGCAUCAUUUCUUCUCAGCAUGUGCUGACCAUUCUGCCUCUUUUAACAAAUGCACUCUGAAAUGCAGAGUACAUUUUAUUAAAAAAAAGUCUCCGACAGUAGCAGGGAAAGGCUAAAAAAGGAAUGGGCAUAUACACAUACUUUAUAAAAGAUUUUUUUUUUUCCAUCAGAAGAUUUUAUGAAGCCCUGGUGGUGAUGUUUCUAAAACAAGAAAUGCAUCACAUAUUUUUAUAUAUUUAUUGUUUUUUUUUCUUUCUAAUGUUUUCUAUCCUUGAAUAUUUUGUUUGUAUAAUAAAUUAUCACAAACAUGAAACUGAAGUAGAGGAAAAAGUUAAUACUAUAUAUAAAAAUGUUUCUAAAUGAGCUGUUAUUUUGAUCAACGACCAUAGCCUACAGAGUUAAUGCGCUUUACCAGUGCCCAUUUUAAAGUAAGCUUUAAACAAAAAUAUUUUUAAAAAGAUGUUCUAUACAAGUUAUAUUUUCUAAAAAUGGCACUCAUACAAAGCCUCAGAUGUUAAAAUUAAAAGAGAUGAAUUUAUAAAUCAAUUCAGUUUUACAAAUAGGCAACAUUCUUGUGGAGAAAAAGAUUCAUUUGAAUUUAAGACAAAAAAAAAAUCAUAAAUUACCAUAGGGUCACAAAAUCAGUUUUCUCUGUUUUAUUGGCUUAAGAGGUGAGAGACUAGUUGUUGAUUAACUAGAAUGCCUGCUUAAUAAAAAAAAAAAAAAAUAAUUUAUAAUGCAACGAUAUGAAAAAGAUAUAUGCACUGUACAGUCACUACAAAAAUACUCAACCCUUUUGAAAGUUGUUCUAUUUUAUAGUUAUACAACAUUGAACAACAUUAAAUUUAACGUUUUUUUUUUUUUUUACAUUUAAGGCUCUUCUAUCUCAAAGUGAAAACUGAUCUCUGUCAAACGGUCUAAAUUAAUUACAAAUCAUCAUACAAAGUAAAUGAUAUUCAACCCCUUUUAAGCUAGUAUUCAGUAGAUCCAGCUUUGCUAGCAAUUCCAGCCCUUAGUUUGUGUGCACUGGUCUCAAUCAGCUUUGCACAUCUGGACACUGGAAUGUUUCCCAAGUCUUCCUUACAAAACCAAGCUCUUUCAGGUUGCAUGGGGAUUGUGAGUAUGUAGGCUUUUUCAUGACUGGUAGCAAGUUCUUAAUUGGACGACCUUGACUCUGUCACUCCGAGACAUUGCUGUUAUUUUCAUUAUUUUCAACUUAAGUAAAACUAUCCACUAGAAAUGUA